AUGGCGACAUUGCUGGUUUGCAGGGUGGGCGGUGAAGCAGUGCUUGGGCCACUUUGCUUCGAGAGCCCGCUGCCUGUGGUUAAUCUACGAGAGAAGCUGCACGAGUCAGUUUCUGUGGACCGGAGUCAAGAGAUGGUCCUGUUGCAAAAUGGCAAUGUUCUGCUCGACGCAGCCAAGCUCGAAGGCGGAUCUCUGGAAGAUCCGCUGACCAUCACACUUGUCAUCACUGCGAAGACAUAUCGUGCCGUGGUGUGGGGCCCGUGCGCCGACGGGCCACAGCAUGCGGAGGUCUCCGAGCAGCUGGAGGGCAACAUCAAGUCUGUCGCAUGUACAGGCUACACCUUUGCGGCGGUGAUGGCUGCUGGCUCCGUAGUCACCUGGACUGGGAAUGGGUUUGAAAGUGACGCAGCCAAUUCCAGAGGUGUGGCAGGUCUCGAGGAUGGCGUCCAGCAGGUCUUUGGAAACGACAAGGCUUUUGUUGCGCUGAAGGCUGGCGGCGAGGUCGUGGUGUGGGGAGAUCCCGAGGCUGGCGGCAAGGCUCCUCCAGCUGUCCUCGAGAAGCUGCGCGGCAUUGCCUGGGUCGCACGCACAAAUGAGGCCUUUGCCGGUGUGAAGGAGAACGGGCAGGUUGUGACCUGGGGAAAUGCUGAAUUUGGCGGCGACAGCAGCUCCGUCAGUGAGUCUCUGAAAGCGGAUGUGGUUUCAGUGGUGGGUACCUUUGGACCUUCUUCUGGGGCUUUUGCUGCCUUGAAAGCCGACGGCUCCGUGGUCGCAUGGGGCGAUCCUGAGCGCGGUGGUGACCUUGGCCCAGCUGCAGAGCAACUUCAAAGCGGAGUCACGAGCCUUUGUGCUGGUGGCAGUGCCUUUGCCGCCCUGAAGGAAACUGGGAAGGUGGUGGCUUGGGGACACCCAGAGCAAGGAGGAAAGCUCGUGGUGCAUUUCACCGACGACGAGGCUACGCAAGAGUCAUUUUCUGUCGAAGAAGAGCUCUCCUCUGGGGUGGUUUCGAUUGUUGCCAGCGAUGACGUCUUUGUUGCCGUCAAAGAGGAUGGCAAAGUGGUAACUUGGGGCGUGGCGGAGGAUGGGGCUUACCUGGCCAACAUAGAGAAAGAUGUCGCCAAGGAGCUUGAGAGCGGUGUACUGUCCGUGACGCCUGCAGCCUGUUCCUUUGCGGCGCUGAAAACCGACGGACGUGUUGUGACCUGGGGGGUGGACAGCUUGGGAGGCGAUUCCAGCUCAGUUGCCAGCAAGUUGAAGAGUGGUGUGGCAAGGAUACCAUGUUUCCGCUGGCCGAGCCAACAUGGACAUGCGGCUUUGAAAGAGGAUGGCUCUGUGGUGACGUGGGGUUUCGAACUAGGUCCAAUCAUGGAUGCUCCAGAGGACGAGUUAGCAAGCGGGGUGGUGGAGGUGGUCGGCAAUCCCACUGGCUAUGUUGCCCUGAAGCAUGCGCCGGUGAGCUCUUCAGCAUAG